GGCGGGGUUUCCCCCGGCUGUGGUGGACGCGAGUCCGGACCGGUUUGUACGCAGAGAGAGAGAGAGAGAGAGAGAGAGAGAGAAUGUUUUAAGGUGUGUGUGUAUGAGUGUGUGCUUGGAUUUAAAAAAAAGUGGUGUAAAUGGGUAACGCGCAGAAGAAGGGCACGGGGACGAGUUCCGGUGUCGCGAGCCCGGCUCGCAGCAGAGCUCGCGAGGGAAAUCCCGGAAACUCGGAAGGGAAGAAGACGGCGCUCGUUAACGGCGCUUACACUGCGGAGUCAGAGCGGCGGAGAGACGAGGCGGAAACCGGAAACACCGGGACACACGGCGGAGUGAACCUCGAUGCCCCCGCCGGGGAUCUGCCCCCUGCGCUCGCGCGCCUCAAGAACGAGGGCAAUAUGCUGUUUAAGAACGGACAGUUCGGGCACGCGCUGGAGAAGUACACCCAGGCCAUAGACGGAUACACGGAGUCAGGCAUCGACAGUCCUGAGGAUCUGUGUAUUUUGUACUCCAACAGAGCUGCAUGCUUUCUGAAAGAUGGGAACUGUACAGACUGCAUUCAGGACUGCACCAGUGCGCUGGAGCUCCGCCCCUUCACCCUGAAGCCCCUCCUCCGCAGGGCCAUGGCCUAUGAGUCUCUGGAGCGCUACAGAAUGGCCUAUGUGGAUUACAAAACCGUCCUGCAGAUCGACUCCAGCGUACAGGCGGCUCACGACAGCGUACACAGGAUCACAAAGCAGCUGAUGGAGCAGGAUGGUCCUGACUGGAGAGAGAAGCUUCCUGAGAUUCCUAAUGUUCCCAUUUCAGCCCAGCAGCACCGCAGAGAAGAACCGAGCGCUGAGGUUCUCCAGGCACGAGCAGCCAGAGCUGAAGAGGAAAAGGCCAGAAAAGCCGAGGCGCGCUUCAACCUGCUGAAGCAGGAGGGCAACGAUCUGGUGAAGAGAGGAGAGUUUGAGAAAGCGGUGGAGAAAUACCGCGAGUGUAUCGCUCUCAAACCCACCGAGUGCUCUGUCUACACCAACAGGGCACUGUGUUUCCUGAAGCUGGACCGUUUUGCAGAGGCGAGGCAGGACUGUGACUCUGCGCUACAGAUAGAGCCGGACAAUAAGAAAGCCUUUUACAGACGAGCGCUCGCUCACAAAGGCCUGAAGGACUUUCUUUCGUCCAGCUCUGACCUGCAGGAGGUCCUGCGUUUGGACCCGAAUGUGCGGGAGGCUGAACAGGAGCUACAGGAGGUCACGGUUCUGCUGAGGGAGAGUCUGCUGGAGACAAACACUCAGGGCUGAGGAUUCACACACUGACCUUAAAGCAGAAGAUCAUCUGCACUCGUCUUCCAGCAGAACAACAACAACCACACACACACACACACACACAUUGUCUUCUAGCAGAACAACAACAACCAGACACACACAGACACUCGUCUUCCAGCAGAACAACAACCAGCUUCAGCUGAGAAACACACACACACACACACACACUCAUGCACGUACACA